CCAUUUGAUUAAUGAUUAGACAAUUUGCGUAUUCCCCUCUGAAUCGAUUCGACCAUUCAAUUAUAUCCUUUGUUGGAGGAAAAAUCGUGUGUGAAUUGAAAAUUCAGGGAUCUACAGACGCAAGCUAGAAUCCGUGAACUGAGUGGGGGAGAAAGAGCAAUGGCAGCGAAAGGGUUAAUGGCGAAAAUGAAAGGCAUUAAGUUCCCAAAAUCGAUAUCAGAGGCUCGCGGAAUGAUAAAAGCACCGUGGGAGAUAACAGGGCCAUGUUCAGACCCCGAGUAUUUAGAUGCAGUUCCAAAUGCUCUCGAGUACCGUCCCUUCUCUCCCGCCACGGCCCCCUUGCGUGCCCGCAUCCCGCAGUCUGAGCCCGAGAACGUCUACGACAUUAAAUAUUACCCUAGGGAUUACAGGAAGAAUUUAAAGUUCCAGGAUAGGAAGACUUUUCUGCUUUCUAAGGCUGAAUUGGAGGCGGAAAAGGAGAGUGUCUUCGAAUCCAAGGGUUUUCCAUUUGCUUAUGAGAGGAAGGUCGAACUUCUGGACCUCGACAAGCUGCCCGGAAACGGAUACCAGACCUAGCCAGGUCUUUAAUCAGGUUCUUUAAUCGAGAAAAACCAUAUAUUUAAUUUUCAUUCUAAAGAAGAACCCUUUCUUUUGUAUGCAUGGUUUGGAAAUGUGGAGAAUCCUUUGGACUCUGACGAGGGCAAGCUUCAGGUUCAAAAUCAGCCCCAGCUUUAAUCAAUAAAUCUAUUUGUUUAAUUUGCCAUGUUAUGAAAAAUAACUCCUGUUUAGGACUCUGAUAAGGCUGAGGUCUUUUAUCGGGCUCAAAUGGGCUUUUGCUUUUAUGAGUACACUUGUUUUAUUUGUUCUCUUAAGAAGAAGAAUCCUUUGUUUAA